GUCAUUCACUGCGAUAAGCUUAUUUCCGUUCCAGAUUAUACGAAGCUUAAUGGACAAAGAAUCGUUCCAGAAUCAUGGUAGACUGGUGGUGAUGCAAUUGAUUUUCUUACACUGCUGUCAGAUAUAUAUAACCUGUCACCCUGUGGGUUUUAUUCCCGACUGUGUAGUCGAGCCGGAGAUUUCCGAGUUUAUUGCGAUAAGCUUACUAUGGGCGAACAGGAGAAUUUAUAUGACUUUAUUGUCGUCGGAGGCGGACCUGCCGGCUGUACUGUCGCGACGAGCCUGGCAAAAGCUGCAGCCAAACCCAGUGUUCUGCUCCUCGAAGCCGGCGGAUCCAAUGGAGCGAAGAACCUGCGUAUAGACGGCAGGCGGUGGUGCACGUUCAUCGAACAGGCACCGUCCAUGAACUGGGGACUCAAAACAGCACCGCUGACAGAGUGUAACGGGCGGCAAAUCGACUACAGCACAGGCAAGGGCCUGGGUGGUGGGAGCGCCAUUAACUUUGGUGUCUUUGCUGUCGGUGCUCGAGAUGACUAUGAGGCAUGGGCGGAGAUUGUGGAGGAUUCCAACUUUGCUUGGAGAAAGAUGCAGGAAAGAAUUAAAAGGCUGGAGAGCUUUUCAGGAUUGAAAGAUGAUCUUGUCAAGGGUAAUCAUGGGUAUGAUGGGCCGUUGAAAGUUGGGUAUGCAAAGCAAUGGGACAGAGACCUUGUGCCUCUGUUGGACUCGUUCGUCGAGGCUGGAUUACAGAGGAAUCUCGACCACAAUUCUGGAAAUCCGCUAGGUCUGGGACUGACCAUUAACUCUGCGUGUAACGGCAGAAGAACUACCGCUGCAGAUAUGCUGGCUCGGGCUCCUGAUAACUUGGUUGUUGUUACGGAUAGUCCGGUGCAGCGCGUACAGUUGGAUGGCAAGAAAGCAGUAGGUGUAGAGACAAAGGGGAGGAAAUAUUUCGCCCGGAACGAAGUGAUUCUAUCUACUGGAGCCUUGGUGACCCCCAAGAUCCUGAUGCACUCAGGAAUUGGUCCUGCAAGUCAACUCGCCAAUUUUAAUAUCCCAGUCGUCCAUGAUCUUCCGGCUGUUGGGCAAGGCCUUAAAGACCAUCCGUUCGCGCCUAUGAUUCUGGCUCGAGAUCCAUCGACAAACGACCGGAACUCGUUCUUCCAAGACAAAAAAGCCAUGGCGGAUGCAUUUGAACAAUGGGAGGAAGAUGGCACCGGACCAUGGGCGUGCUACGGCUGUCAAAUUGGCAGUGGAUGGCUCAAGUCCGACCGUAUCACCUCGUCUGCCGAGUUCAAGGCCUUACCAUCUGCUACUCGAGAAUUCAUGACCCGCGAGACAAUUCCGCAGUACGAGCUGAUCACCAACUUCCCGGUUCAUCUUGUCCUUCCAGAUCUGUUCCAGGACUACUCGUAUAUCUGCUUGACAAUGUUCCUUAUGAACCAGCAGUCUACUGGCGAAGUGAAACUGCAAUCCGCAAACCCCGAUGACCCGCUACUCCUCGACCCCAAGUUCCUUGAGCAUCCCUUUGACCGCCGGGCCUGUAUUGAUAUCUAUCGCCAUGUAUUAGAACUGACCAAACACCCUGCCAUAGCCAAAGAUACAACCGCCACGAUCCUUGGGUCGAAGUCCGAGUCCGAUGAGGAUAUUCUGGAGCACUGGAAGAACAAUCUUUCCUCGAGCUGGCACAUGGCGGGGACAGUCAAGAUGGGAAAAGAUGAUAAAGAUGCAGCAGUGAAUAGCCGCUUCCAAGUUUUCGGAGUCGAAAGGCUGCGAGUGGCUGAUAUGAGUGCUGUGCCGCUGUUGACAAAUAACCACACCCAGGCUACGGCGUAUUUAACGGGGGCGACUUGUGCGGAUGUCUUGAUCGGCGAGUACAAUUUAAACGAGACAUAAGUAGUUAUCAGUAUGGUAUCUGAUUUUUUUAACUGCAACGUCGGGCCACUCAUGUGCAGUGUAGAUCGUGAUGAUAGUUUCCUGAAUGGAGC